CUUUUCGGAUUCAGCAGUAUCUCGCAAGCAACCCCGCAUAGGCUCUCACAGCGUUGCAUAGGGCUCACAUGAUCGCGUCUCCCCUCAUUCGAGGGAGCUGUCUCGGUGCUUGUUCGAUCACGGUUCCUGCUCGCCGCGUCUCUGCUCUCCAUGCCUUAGAGACCCUAUCGCGCUCGCAGCAAUCAUCGCAGAUCUCGCUCGGCUUACGAUCUGGUUCCAGCAGUGCAGUUCAGAGCCGUCGAUCUCGAACAGCUUUCAGCAGGAAGCGUUUAGGGUCGGAUUACCGGUCAGAUCGUCUGGACUUAGCGGUUUCGCACGUCAGGCGAGAUUCGCGAGCUUCGCUUGCGGUAACGGCAGCAGCGGUGACGGCAACGGCGUCAGCGGCUUCACAGGGUGAAUCAAGCCUGAGCGGCGUAACGGACCGAGCUAUGGAGAAGCAGGGCGUUCUUGUCUACGGUGCUACAGGCACCACUGGCACGCUCAUAGCCCAGAAAAUUAAGGAGGUCGGCCUUCCAGCCACUCUCGCAGGGAGGAAUCUGCAGAAGCUGCAGGCUAUAGGCAAUGCUGUGGGGCUGCCUGUAGCCGCUGUUGACUUGAACGAUGCAGAGGGGCUUAGGGAGCUGGUGGGGCGGCACAAGGUGGUGCUGCACGUGGCUGGGCCCUUUACAAUCACAUCCAAGCCCAUGAUUGAGGCCUGCGUCAGCACUGGCACUCAUUAUCUUGAUGUUACCGGGGAGUUCAAGGUGAUGGAGCACGCGCGCACAUACGAUGCCACAGCAAAGGAGAAGGGCGUCAUGAUUCUGCCUGCUGUGGGCUUCGACGUCAUCCCAGGAGACUGCCUGGCGGCGUACCUCAAGGACAAGUUGCCAUCAGCCACAGAGCUUCAUCUCGCCACAUUCUUUUCCACAACCGCGCCUGGCGAGGACCCUCGCUCUACCCCUGCCAACGCCCUUCCGUCCCACGGCACUCUGAUUUCCGGAGCCAAGCACAUUCUGCCCCUGGGGGGGCUGGUGCGAAGGAAUGGCGCGAUAGUGAAGGAGUCGAUAGCGAAUUAUGGUCGCUCCUUCCUCAUCCGCAAGGAGCUGCCGCCUCUCUCCACCAUGUCCUUCCCCGCAGCGGAGCUCUUCAGCACCUCCCUCUCCACCUCCAUCCCAAACAUCACCGUCUAUGUGCCAGGCACCGCCUCCUGGGUGACGUCACUGUUCAUUUGGAUCAUUCAGUUUGCCGCCCGGGUUUGGCCCUUCAACCGCCUGCUGGAAUCUGCCAUCCGCAUGCUGCCCACCCCAGAUACUACCCCUGGUCAGAGGCCCAAUACAGGCAUGGCAUGUUCUGGGGAGGUGAUCAACACGGCUAGUAACGAGAGGCACAGGGCCUCUGUGAUUGUAGGCGAAGGUUACCAUUUCACUGCUAGUUGCAGCGUGGAGGUUGCGCGCAGGGUGUUACAAGGGGAGUUCAAACCUGGUUACCAGACCCCAGUCACAGCCUUUGGCGCCAGUCUGGUGCAGCAAAUUCCAGGGGAGAAGGUGGAGAUAGUGGACUUGGACUAGUUCUUGCGGUGCUGGACUUGUGCUUGUGGUGCUGCCAUGGUAUUGCUGUCUGCUGCACGUGUAGGGAGGGAGGGGGUGCCAGUCUUGUGCAGCAGGUUUCAGGGGAGAGGGUGGAGAUAGUGGAUGCGGACUAGUGCUGCCGCAGUUCAGAUUAGGCGGGUAGUUGGUGCUUCAUCAGUUGCAUCUGUCUCAUUGUGAUGUAGUCUUGUGCAGCAAACUCCAGGGGGGAGAGUCGAAAUACCAUAGCGAAUUUGGACUCGCCGCUUCUCAUCGUAUAUGACACUCUGGUGUCAGUCUGGAGCAGCGAACUCCAUGGGGGAGGGAUGAAAAACCAUAGCAAAUUCUGACUCGCCGUUUUUCAUGGUAUAUGGCCCUCUGGUGUCAGUCUGGUGCAGCUAACUCCAGGAGAGAAUGGAGAGAGUGAAAUGGAAGAUGCCUUUUGCUAUGGUGGGGUAGGUAGAACAUUUCUGGUGCCAGUCUGGUGCAGCAGACUCCUGGUGCUGGGGGGUAGAGCUAGGCUUUGGAUUUGGAAAAGCACUGGGGGGAUUGGGCCAGGCCAAAGUUUGGUGGACAGACUACCUAGAUCACCACAGCAUGUUCUAGUAUAGUCACCUCAAAAGCAAUCUACAUGUCAGACUUUGUCCCUUAUUUCACUUAACAA